CUGCGUACGGCAUGCCCACCGCUCAGACAUGGCGGCCGGCACGCUCGCGCUCGCGGUGUCGCUGCUCGCUGCGCUUGCCGCAUGCGUAGAAGAGGACUGCAUAGACUGGGAGGGCAAGUCCAUACCACAUGGGCUGCUGUACGUCCCGGGGCCCGGCGUGUGCUCGUUAUGUGUGUGCUACCACUCUGAGCCGAUGUGGUGCAAGGCCAUCUACUGUGAUCCACCCUAUUUCUGCAAGAACUUCCGCGUCGGUGAACGGUGCUGCGAGUUCGAAUGCCUGGACCCACCCGGCGAGGACAUACGGUACCGCGAGCGGCAGCGGCUGAGGGCGCUCAUACUCGCCGGCAACUCUUCCGCGCACCACGUCCUGCCGUCCAAGGAGCUUAAAUACGGCAUGUCGAUACUCGCCGUGGCUGUCGCUAGGCUGGUCUGAGUGUAAACUAGCCAUUAAUGGCCUU